CACACCCACCUCGAAAGCCCCGUCCUACCACAGGAAGUUCGCUGACCAUUGGGAGGCAUAAAAGAGAGCCGAGAGUGGCGGUACCCACCCUCUCUGCUCAGCCUGUCAGAACCUCAGCCAUGAGAACCGUCGUCCUGGCCUUGCUCGCAAUCUGCUGCCUCACCGCGUACGUGGUGGAAGGCGUGGGGAGUGAAGGCGUGGAAAAGGAAAUCUGUAUGAGUCUAACCACCCGGCGACUUCCAGUGAAAAACAUCAAGAAAUACAUCUUCAGGGAGGGCCCCAUGACGGCAGUGGUAUUUAUUACCAGACGUGGCUUUAAGAUCUGUGCCAAUCCACAAGCUGACUGGGUGAAGAAAGCCGUUGCACAUGUGGACAACAGAAAUAGCAUGAGCCAGACCAAGCCUACAGGACCCCAACAAUCCACCAGUACACCUUUUGUGUAGUUUCAUGUUUGAAAAAAGCCUCACUGAGUGGGUCGUGGCCUUCCGGCUCCCUGUCCCCUCACCAGCCAGCCAGCUGAUUUCCCUUUACAAGCUCAUGGACUAAUUAAAUUAUACUCACGUUUCCUGC